AGUCAGUCGCUAUGUCGUCCCGGCGUAUCAGUUUAUUGAAAUUAAUUGAUCUGGCAAUCGGCUUUCCCAUUCCUGGCUCUGUAAGCUUUAAUUUGCUGCACAAAGUUUUAUACUUGCUGGCUCUUCGAGAUGGCUUAGUGUCUGCCGAAACGGAUGAAAUCGAGCUAACCACUUCAGGCGGUAUCGUUGAUUCAGGAACGAAACAGCAGGACAUGACACAGGAUAAUGUUAGCCGUACGCGGUUGACGGUGCAGCGUAUCAUCAAUGGGGCUAGUGACCAACAUACGCUCAAGAUUACGGGUUCAAGGAUUGUCAUUGCCAAUAUGAAGGAAUUUCCGUCGGCUGUAAUCCACGACGCCGAAAAGAUUGAAUCACGCAUCAGUGCAAUGUCCUCCGUGGUUACCGAAUUGGAAGAAAAAGUACAGGAAAUGUCGCAUCAAAAGCUGGAUGGCGAAUGUGCCAAAACUCUAGAGCAACUUCAGAAACGUAUCGAAAUUUUGGAGGGUUUGAUCGAACAGCAAACUUCAAAAGUCACCAUUGAUGAAGCGCUACAAACAGAAGAGCCACUUUCAUCCUCUGCGGCAGCGGACAUUUCCGAUGAUGGGAAUAAUGUAUCAAAUAACCUUCAUGAUGCUGCGGAAUGGAGGGUAAUGACGUCAGCAGUUACGUGUGGAGAGGAUUUCGCAGAAAAACUGACGAAAAUAAUAGAUUAUCUCCAGGAAAUUCAACAGAAGCAUGCCCAUCUGGAAGAGGACUACCAACAUUUCAAGGACCAGCAGAAACACUGGCAGUACGCAGAGCAUUUCCACGAAUCAGAAAACUCAGAUUCGCACUUUCAUCGUGCAUCCCAAGUAGAUCCAGAUUCCAAAAUUAUAGAGCAAUUGAGGAAUCAUUUACAGUUGGUAGAGGAUGCCGCAAAUUCCCGGUUCACGCGGUUGGAAAAUUUAAUAAACCGUUUGUUCCAGGAGAAGGUUAACGAUGUUGACAUUGAAUCACGUGUGAGACAGUCCGUACAAUUGGCGACGAGGACCUCGAGCAUCCACGCUGCCACAGAUGGCUUUGGAGUGGAUAUGAUUUCACAAACAAAUCCGAUUGUGGAAAACCAACUACGACAGCUGUCGGAGAUGCUACAAGCUUCACAGAAUGAAAUUGCCGCUCUUCGUGACGCAUUAGACACAAAAGUGAACAUCGACUGUUUACUUCCGGUUACGGGCGCUAUCAAUGAUCAACUGCGGGAGGUGAAGCUGGAAGUGAAAUCCCUUGGCACUCUGGCUAAAGCUGAAAACAACCGCGCGGCUGGCACGAAAGUGAACACGAUUCAGAAUGUUUGCUGUAUAUCUUGUGAUCGACCGGUAAAAAUGGAUACUUGCACUGAUACAGUUCCCGUGCCACCACCAGCUCAGGGUGCUUCUCGUAUAAUAAAACCUAGUCUGCGAUACCGUCUGGAAGAAAUUCGACGAGGUUUCAAACAGCAGCAAGGGAGUUCAGUUGGUAAUUUGGAGCACAUCGAAAAGAUAUACCGAAAACUAGCAGAUGGAAAACUAAAUUCAAUUAAAUGAGUCGUUAGUAUAUUGUAUAUUUGAUGUAACCAUGAU